GUUUCGGGAAAAGGCACACCCGACGAUGACCGACGCCGCGCGGGACGCCUGGCUCCGCCACCAAGCGGAGAAGAUUCAGAAUAGCGUAGUGAAUGUUCAUGAAGCGUUGUCAUCGAGCCCGUCCAUCUACUUCGGAACGCGACGAUGUACCUACAGCGACGUUGUGUCCAUUGUGACGACGACAAGACUUUGUUCGAAAGCCACCAAAGGCACCGACUCGCCACUGCACAAGACAAAAGUAGAGCCGUAUGCACAUGUCGACAACUUUCUCGAUCCUCUCUUUGUCUCGCCGCUGCAGAAUGCGCAUGAACGACUCCACGACCAGCUAGAGCGGCACAAGAAGGCUCUUGUGUCGGAGAAAGAAACGUUCAUGGCCAAUCUUCAGGACAAGCGACUCGAUCGCUAUCGCGUGGAGUUCCAAGCAGCCAGCAUCGUCCAGCGAACGUAUCGUGGCCACUCGCUGCGAAAAAACUUUGGAAACGUCAAAAAGGUUUUGCUCAUUCGCAACAAAGUGCGCGCUGCCAUGAAAGACGUUGCAACGGGAACGGGCCUCAUCCUGGAAGAAAAGGAUCGGCACCGUGCCAAACUCCGCGAACAAACGACGGCAGCGAUUGUGCUCCAGCGCCGCUUCCGACGACUUCUGGCGACCAUCGUUGUAGCCAAAGAGAGGCAAAUGGUUGCCGAAGAACGACAACACACAAGCGCAAGAACGAUCCAAGCCAUGGUGCGGCGAAAACUCGCCAUGUCGUUUGCGCGGAAGAUUCGCAUCCGCCUCGUCGAAUCGCUUGCAAUGCACUUGGCGCUGCAAGUUCAACGAUUGUACCGUGGACACGUUGGUCGCGGUGUUGCGCGGAGUCGCCGCCUCGCUGUCCAGCACGUUGCGGUGCGGCUUAUUCAAAACGCCUUCACACGCAGUUUGGCGGCAAAGGCCUGGCUCGCCGAAUCCGAGCGAUCUCGAGACACCAGACGAGACCGUGCGGCCACGAUUGUUCAGCGCUGUUUCCGAGGGUUCUUGGGGCGGCAGCGGGUGCAUCGCAUCCGGGAAGUGGAAGCCCACCAAAUUGCCUUGGCAGCCGCACUGUCGAUCCAACGCGUGUUCCGUGGCCGCCUUGGACGCUUCAUCAGCACAAGUCGCGCGUGGUGGCGCCGUGACGAGGUCACGUUCAUGUCAUCGAUAGAGAUCACCCGCCUCGUUCGCGGGUUUCUUGGACGAUGCCACGCCAGGCAGAUGCGCCUCGAGCAAGACACUAACGUGUUUGUGCACGCACGGAAAGGGCGAAAGGAAUUGGUGGUCGACUUGUUGGACGGAUAUGGCCUGGACGCGCCUUUGGACCCCAAUGGUGUCGAUGGACAUGGGAACACGGUCCUUGCGGUCGCGAGUCGAUGGGGUCACCUCGGCAUUGUCCGGUCUGUCAUUGGGCGCGUCAAAUUGAAUGUGGAAAACCAUCACGGAUACACGGCCAUCAUGCUCGCAGUCAAGUACGGCCAUGCUGACGUGGCCGAGUACCUCCUCACGAAAGCGCCGACUCUUGCGACGACUGGUCGAUCCUUGCUCCACGAAGCCGCCCGGAACGGAAUGGCGUCAACGGUCGAAAAGUUGAUCCUGUACGGCAUGGCGGUCAACCAUCAGGACGCAGACUUUCGACGUACGCCGCUGCACGAGGCCAUCCUUAGCGGCCAUGCUCCGACUAUCCAGUUGCUCAUUGACCAAAGUCCCAAAGCCUCGUUGAAUUACCAAGACGCUCGGGGGGCAACGGCGUUGCAUUAUGCUGCAAAGAAGGGCGACCGCAGCGCCGUGCGUAGUUUGUUACACGCCGACGCAGAUGUGGCGGUCCUGGACAAGAAGAAUCAGACCGCGUGGCGCGUCGCGAUGGCCCACGGGCACGAAAACAUUGCUGGGGACAUCCGCAAGAAGUGGGGCCUCAUGGAUCAGAACGAAGACGCUGUUGCAAUGGACGGCGGCGACGACAACGACGAGACAGGACCAGUCUUGACGGUCGACGAUUCGCUCAACACGAUCGAGCGGCUCCUGGAACAAGGCGAGAUGGAGAUCGACGAUCGAGACGGCGAUGGCUACACAUUGCUCAUGAAAGGCGCCAUGCGGGGCUUCUACACCAUCGUGCGGUUCUGCCUUCGCCAUGGUGCCGCCAUCGACCUCGUCGACCGCACUGGCAAGACGGCGCUGAUGCACGCCGUUGCCCACAGCGACAUUGCACUGCACUUAAUUGAUCAAGGCGCGAAUUUACUUCACACAGACGAGCGCGGCCGGACAGUCAUUCACGACGCAGCCAUGCACGGCUACACGUUCAGCGAGUACAUCGCUGUUCACCGAGUGCACUUGGACAUCAAGGAUCAUUUAGGAUGCACCCCUCUCCACGACGCAGCGAAGGUCGGCAGCGACGUCGGGGCGAAAAAACUGCUAAACCUUGGCGCGCACGUGAGUUGUGUGGAUCUAGACCACCGAAGCCCCAUACAUUAUGCUGUCCGGGGGUCGUUCUCACCGGCGACGCUGUGUGUUCUCCUCCACGCCGAGGCGCCGGCGUUGUUUCUUCGAGAUAAACUUGGCCGCACGGCGCUAUUCGACGCCGUGAUUGCCGGCAACGUGCCGUGUUUGUCGAUGCUGAAAGCGAAUGGAGGAAGCCUGGCGGACAAAGAUCACGACGACCUGUCCCUUCUUCAUGUUGCCGUUCUCGCCCAGCAAAAUGCAUCGAUCGAGUUCCUCGUAAACCACAUGAAACCAGCUGAACUCCUGGCGACCAACAAGGCACUCGAUACGGCGCUGCAUGUGGCCUGCCGAACGGGCUACUGCUAUGGCGUUGAGCAGCUGCUGAAAAGUGCCGGACCAGUGCUCGUGUCAAAGGUCAACACCCAAGGCGACACGCCCGUGCACACUGCCAUCAAGUCUUCCAACGUCGGCGUGCUUGAAGUAUUCCUCCAACUUGGUUAUGAGCUGACCAUGGUCGAGAAAGAAACGGGGGCGACCCUGCUGCACCUGGCAGCUGAAAUUGACACCGAAUCGCUUGACCCAAGGAUAUUCCCCACGUUGAUGCGCGCGGGGGUGUCUGUGACAGCAUACGACAAAAAGGGAUGGCAACCAUUGCACAUUGCGUCCGCGCGUGCCAAAGGGGCGGGGGCCGUGCGGGCAUUGCUGGCGAACGGCGCGCCAGUGAAUGCGCCUUCGAAGGUCACCAACAUGACGCCGUACCAUUGUGCAGCCCAGAUGGGAAUUGCGGAGAAUGUCCAGCUGCUCAAAGAGUGUGGAGGCCGAUAGGAACGCAUCUACGUCACGACUAAUUUAAGGUAUAGACUACCACUUGGACCAUCAAGG